UCCUCUAUAUAUAAGCGUGUGUGAAGGAGAAGUUGUUGCUGCAUAUUUCUCAGGAAGAAAUUAGGCAUGGCGAUGUUACCUGCUAAAGGAGCUCUCCAGAGUGAAGCUGUAAAGAAGUACAUCUAUGAAACAAGUGGAUAUCCAAGGGAGCACAAAGAACUCAAGAAUUUAAGAGAAGCUACAGCAAACAAGUGUGGCAGCAAGAGCAUCAUGUCUGUGCCAGUUGAUGAAGGCCAAUUCCUAUCAUUUCUUGUGAAGAUUAUGAAUGCCAAGAGAACAUUAGAGAUUGGUGUUUUUACAGGCUAUUCUCUCCUUUCCACUGCACUUGCACUGCCUGAUGAUGGCCAGAUAACAGCAAUAGACAUAGAUCAAGAAGCUUAUGAAGUUGGGUUACCAUUCAUUCGCCAAGCAGGAGUAGAGCACAAAAUCAACUUCAUCAAAUCAGAUGCCAUUUCAGUGCUAAACGAGAUGUUAAACAACAAGGAGAAGCAGAUAGCAGAAUAUGACUUAGCAUUUGUGGAUGCUGACAAAUUCAACUACAAGCAAUAUCAUGAACAUCUGCUGAAACUGGUAAAGAUUGGAGGCAUAAUAGCUUAUGAUAAUACCUUAUGGCGUGGCCUUGUUGCUGAAGAAGAAGAUGAAGUGCCUGAAAAUCAAAGAGAAGUAACAAAGGCCAUAAAAGAACUCAACCAGUUUCUGGCUAGUGAUGCUCGAGCUGAUAUCUCUCAGGUUUCCAUUGGUGAUGGUCUUACCUUGUGCAGGCGACUGUACUGAUAAAUAUUUAAUCUGUUUAUAAGAAUUAUUACAGUAAUAUUUCUAGUAGAUCACUUGCUUUCUGCAGCUAAAUGGGAUGUUUGAUUAUUACCAUCAUGGACAA